AUGUUUGAUGGAGCUGCUGCACGAGCGGCGAUUCAUGAAAGUGGAGAUUGUCAUGCGCCACAUCUGCGCAAAGUUGGAGGAGGAAAACGGGGAAGACCUAUUGUUAUAGGAAGAGCCAUCUAUGGUCGAGGCAGAAUACAUUUUCGACCUGCGACGACGCAUCAUUUGACCCCUAGAAGAACUGAGGCUGGGCCUGCUAAUGAAGUGCAUACAACUGUUCCUGAACGUCACGAUGCUGCAACUACGACAGAACAUGAACGCGCAGUACAGACUGAAGCACAACAAUCAGGAGAAGAUCGUGUUCCCAAAGAUGAGAUAGAGGAGUUAGAAGAAGAGGAUACAGAGUCUACCUUCACACCAGACUCUGUCAAGCCUCAUUCGCAGCACAGUAAACGUGUGCCUCCUAAGAAAAUGCCCUUUGUUGGGUCAGGACAAAAGGGUAACAACACCUUCUCAAUAGCUGGUAAUCAACAGCAAGUUAUGAAAAUUAUAGGGACGAGAUUUCAAGAAUGGCUACCUUUGGUUCGGAGUAUAAUUUUUGAUGCUUACUGCAAAGACUAUGCGAAAGCCCUCUACAGAGACUUAGCCAGGCAAAAACGAUCUCAUAUGGAGCAGAUGCGAUUACUGGAAAAGUAA